UGUGUGUACACAGCGCGGGGAGGGCCGCGCAUGCGCUGUUCGUGGCGGGGCUGAGUGUUUCCCAAGUGUUUGAAACUGGGAUUCGGCUCCUCCACGUUGGAUCGAGCACGGCGUGCGGCGGCGGGGAGGCUGCGUUCGGGUGGCGGAACGGGGGCCGGGCCGGGCUGGCUCUGACAGCGCCCGGCGGGGCACAUUCUGCUGGCGGCUUGUUUCGGAGGGGCUGGCCCGAGCCCCCUCCCUCCUCCUCCUUCUCCUCCUCCCCCCCCUCCCUCCGCACGCACAAAUCCCGCUGAUUGUUCCUACCACCUCCUCCGUGAGUUCCCCACCGCGACAGCCAUUCAGUCAGCUGCUCGGGCUGUAGGGACCGGAGGGGGCUGCGAGCUCGGCUGUGCCUGGCAGCGGGCUCCCAUGUAGCUGCCGGGGGAACGGGGCACGGACGGCGGCGGAGAGAGGCGUGGGGAAGGAGGAGGAGGUUUUUUUUUUCCCCUUUUUUUUUUUUUUUUUUUUCCUCUCCUCUUUGCCGGAUGAAAAUGUUGAGUCCUGCAAACGGAGAGCAGCUGCACCUCGUGAACUACGUGGAGGAUUAUCUGGACUCCAUCGAGUCUCUGCCCUUCGAUCUGCAGAGAAAUGUCUCCUUGAUGAGGGAAAUCGACGCCAAAUACCAAGAGAUUCUGAAGGACUUGGAUGACUACUAUGAAAAGUUCAAACGAGAGAAUGACGCUGUGCAGAAGAGAAGAAUGCUGCACUGCAUUCAGAGGGCAUUGAUUCGGAGUCAGGAGCUGGGAGAUGAGAAGAUCCAAAUCGUCAGUCAAAUGGUAGAGCUGGUCGAGAACAGAUCCAGGCAAGUGGACAGCCAUGUGGAACUGUUUGAGACUUGCCAAGAGACUAAUGACACCACUGGAAACAGUGGGAAAGCCAGCCAGGAUAAGUCAAAGAAUGAGACAAUCGCUCAAUCUGAGAAGCCCAACAACAAGAGGUCGAGGAGGCAAAGAAAUAAUGAGAAUCGAGAAAAUGCUUCAAAUAAUCAUGACCACGAUGACAUCACUUCAGGAACUCCAAAGGAGAAGAAAGCAAAAACGUCCAAGAAGAAGAAACGAUCCAAGGCUAAAGCGGAGCGGGAAGCUUCUCCCCCAGACCUUCCCAUUGAUCCUAACGAGCCAACAUACUGCUUAUGCAACCAAGUCUCUUAUGGAGAAAUGAUAGGAUGCGAUAAUGAUGAGUGCCCCAUUGAGUGGUUUCACUUUUCAUGUGUGGGACUCAAUCACAAACCGAAGGGCAAGUGGUACUGCCCCAAAUGUAGGGGAGAAAAUGAGAAAACUAUGGACAAGGCGUUGGAGAAAUCUAAAAAAGAAAGGGCCUACAACAGGUAGUUUCUAGACUUUUCGUGGAAAAGAAAAAGAAAACCACCAAACCAGUGUAUUUAUUGUCAGUGUCACCUUUGUUGAGGUGAAAGGAUUGUAAAAUGUAUAUUUUUAAAGGAGGUUUAAAACUGAACCAUUCCUGUUACAGGGACGGCAAUAAAAGCAGUUUUGUUUUUCACUUGGUAAGCUGUAACAAGAAUAUGGUCUGUGGACCAAUGUAUUCCAAAAGUGAAGUUAUAAGAGUUCAAACUAAAUAUCCAGGUGGGUCUUAAAAGAUAAAUGAAUAAAUCACUUUUUUUUUUUUUUUUUUCCUCCCAGUGCUUGUAGCACAGCAACCAUUACAAUGUUGACGGCGAAUAUUUCUGACAUGUAAUUUCUUUUUCCUUAUGGAAGAAUGUUACUUAACAUUUGAGCAGAAUUGUUAAAAUAGUUGAGCCCUCUGGUUGUAUCUGAAUAAAGCUGCAGUAUAUUACACAUGUCAUUUCUUUCGGUGAUGAGCAGUGCAAGGUCAAACUGAAGGAGGGUACAAUUUGGUUCCUGCUACGAAGUGCCAGUAUAACAGUUCGACAGCAAACAUUUUAAUAGGCUUAGGGGAUUAUUGAAAAGAAAAGCCAGUGGUUCAAUUUUACACGGCAGAUAUUUUAUAUUCUGGCCGAGUACCACGAGAACAAUUUAAAAAUGAUUGAAUAUGUUUUAUAUUUAACCAGGAAGUGGUUUAGUAAUGACUUAACAUAAAUGAAGCUUUAUACUGUCACCGAUAGUAGUGUAGCAAUCCUUAAUUUGUUUAAGUUGUAUAAAUGUACAUUUUUAAGUGGAAUUGCACUUAAUGUAUUAUACUUGGAAGUGCAGCCAAAUGCCAUUGUGUAACCAAUGUGCAUUUCCUGCUGUUAUGUAUGAAAAUUGUACAGCUGUGAUAUUAAGAAAUAAAUGAAACAACUUUGACAGUUUGCUUCUUAGCAA